CCUCGAAAUCCCCCUAAAGAUUUUUCCACAAUGAAGAAAUUCAAUUUUCGCAAAGUUCUGGAUGGUUUAACUGCCUCAUCCCCCGGUGGAAGUGGUGGCGGUGGCGGUGGUAGUGGGGCUGGUGGUGGCUCCAUGCACCCGGGAACAACUGCAGGAGCUGCGGGGACUCCCCGAGAUGAGAUCCAGGAGACCUUAACUUCAGAUUAUUUUCAAAUUUGCAAGACGGUUCGUCAUGGUUUUCCUUAUCUACCUACUGCCUUAGCUUUUGACCCAGUACAGAAAAUUUUGGCAAUUGGGACAAGAACAGGAGCCAUACGAAUCCUGGGCAGGCCUGGUGUUGAUUGCUACUGCCAGCAUGAGAGCGGUGCUGCAGUCCUGCAGCUCCAGUUCUUAAUCAACGAGGGUGCUUUGGUCAGUGCAUGCGCAGAUGACACACUUCAUUUGUGGAAUCUGAGACAGAAACGACCAGCUAUCCUUCAUUCUCUGAAAUUUAAUCGAGAACGGAUUACUUACUGCCAUCUACCUUUCCAGAGUAAAUGGCUUUAUGUUGGAACAGAGAGGGGAAACACACACAUUGUAAAUAUUGAGUCUUUCAUUCUUUCUGGAUAUGUUAUCAUGUGGAACAAGGCGAUAGAACUAUCCACAAAGACUCACCCUGGGCCAGUAGUACAUUUAAGCGACAGCCCGAGAGAUGAGGGAAAACUACUGAUAGGCUAUGAAAAUGGGACUGUAGUGUUCUGGGACUUAAGAUCUAAAAGAGCUGAUCUGAGAGCUUAUUAUGAUGAGGCUAUUCAUUCUGUUGCUUGGCACCAUGAAGGGAAACAGUUCAUGUGCAGUCACUCUGAUGGCAGCUUGACCCUCUGGAACCUGAAAAGUCCUAAUAGACCAUUCCAGACCACAAUUCCACAUGGAAAAAUUCAGAGAGAUGGAAAAAAAACUGAAUCUUGUAAACCAAUUCUAAAAGUAGAGUACAAGACCUGUAAAAACAGUGAGCCCUUUGUGAUAUUUUCUGGUGGACUGUCAUAUGACAAGGCUUGUAGAAGACCAAGUCUAACCAUCAUGCAUGGGAAAGCGAUUACAGUUCUUGAAAUGGAUCACCCUAUAGUUGAUUUUUUAACUCUUUGUGAAACCCCCUAUCCAAAUGAAUUUCAAGAACCCUAUGCUGUAGCUGUGCUUUUGGAAAAAGAUCUCAUUGUUGUUGACCUGACACAAAGCAAUUUUCCAAUCUUUGAAAAUCCAUAUCCCAUUGACAUUCAUGAGUCACCUGUUACCUGCACAGAGUAUUUUGCCGACUGUCCUCCAGAUUUGAUUCCUGUACUCUAUUCUGUAGGAGCAAAACAUAAAAAGCAAGGAUACAGCAAUAAGGAAUGGCCAGUCAAUGGUGGAGCAUGGAACCUUGGAGCACAGACAUAUCCUGAAAUUAUUAUCACAGGCCAUGCAGAUGGAUCAGUAAAGUUUUGGGAUGCUUCUGCCAUUACUCUACAGAUGUUGUACAAGUUAAAAACAUCAAAGGUUUUUGAAAAGCAGAAAGUAGGAGAAGGAAAAGCAACAGCUGAGAUUGUGGAAGAAGACCCUUUUGCUGUUCAGAUGAUGUACUGGUGUCCUGAAAGCCGAAUUUUCUGUGUGGCAGGAGUUUCUGCAUAUGUGAUUGUUUACAAGUUCAGCAAACAUGAAGUAAAUGCUGAAAUUGCAUCAUUAGAGGUUCGGCUUCAAUAUGAAGUAGAAGAUAUCAUUACUCCUGAACCGGAAAUAAUUCCGGCAUUUCCUGAUGCCUCCUCCCAGCUUCCUUCUUUAAAGAACCUGUCAGGCAGUACCAACACUGUCACCUGUGAAGGAAUGAAGGACAGCAUCCCAUGUCUUAGUGUUAAGACGCGACCUGUGCGAAUGCCUCCUGGGUACCAAGCAGAUCUUGUAAUUCAGCUGGUGUGGGUGGAUGGUGAGCCUCCACAACAGAUAACCAGUCUUGCUGUAAACUCUGCUUAUGGACUAGUUGCAUUUGGGAAUUGCAAUGGCUUGGCUGUAGUGGACUUUAUGCAGAAGACAGUGUUGCUGAGCAUGGGAACUCUUGACCUCUAUGGUUCAAGUGAUCCUUACCAGCGUCAACCCCGUUCUCCUCGCAAAAGCAAGCAGUUUGCUGCAGACAACUUUUGCAUGCGUGGCCUGUCUAACUUUUAUCCAGAUUUAACGAAACGGAUCCGUACUUCCUAUCAGAGCCUGACUGAACUCAGUGACAGUCCAGUUUCCCUGGAGCUAGAGCGUUGCAAGUCUCCCACUUCAGAUCAUGUCAAUGGUCACUGUACAAGCCCAACGUCCCAGAGCUGCAGUUCAGGAAAACGACUUUCUAGUGCGGAUGUCACCAAAGCAAAUCGCCGUGGGCCUGGGAGGCCCCCCUUUAGAAAAGCACAGUCUGCUGCCUGCAUGGAGAUUUCUCUCCCAGUCACCACAGAAGUAGGUUGCAUUUCCAGACGGGCAAUGCUUCAGCAAUUACACGGAGUCAGUACAUUCUCACACGACGAGCGUCACUGUACUGCUCACACACGGCCGAACAAAGAAAACCGGGAAAACUCCUUCAGCCGUUCGCGAAGCUCCAGUGUGUCCAGUAUCGACAGGGACUCCAAAGAAGCGAUUACCGCUCUGUACUUCAUGGAGUCCUUUGCCCGCAAGAAUGACUCUGCUGUCUCCCCCUGUCUCUGGGUUGGAACAGGCCUUGGCAUGGUCCUGAUCCUCUCUCUCAAUCUGCCUGCUGGCGAUGAAUUAAGGCAGACAGAGCCAGUCAUGGUGUCACCAAGUGGCACAGUUCUGACACUGAAAGGAGCCGUGCUGACCUUCGCAUGCUUGGACUGCAUGGGGACUCUGACACAUCCACCAUAUGAAGUGUGGCGGGACCCCAACAGUGCAGAUGAUGGUGAAAAAACAAGAAAAAGGAAACUUGUUAUGCAUUCCCCUUCUUCCUCCCAGGAUAUGGGUGAUCAUCAAUUUGCAGUCAUUUGUUCAGAAAAACAAGCCAAAGUCUUCUCAUUGCCCUCCCAAACAUGUCUUUAUGUCCACAACAUCACCGAAACAUCCUUUUUAUUGCGAGCAGAUGUGGUCACCCUCUGUAACAGCGUCUGUCUGGCGUGCUUUUGUGCCAACGGGCACAUCAUGACACUGAGCCUGCCCAGCCUUCGCCCGCUGCUGGACACCAACUACUUGCCUGUAACAGAUAUGAGGAUAGCGCGGACCUUCUGCUUCACUAACAAAGGGCAAGCUUUGUACCUCAGCUCUCCCACCGAGAUCCAGCGCCUGACGUACAGCCAGGAGAUGUGUGAUAGCCUGCAAGACAUGCUUGGGGAUUUGUUUACACCUGUGGAAACACCAGAAGCCCAAAACAGAGGCUUUCUCAAAGGACUUUUCGGAGGAAGUGGACAAGCUUUUGACAGAGAGGAGCUCUUUGGUGAAGCCACGGCCGGAAAAGCCUCUCGGAGUCUUGCCCAGCACAUCCCAGGAGCAGGAGGGAUCGAGGGCGUGAGAGGAGCUGCAGGAGGAGUUAUCGGGGACUUGACUCGCGCACGCAUUGCCCUUGACGAGAGAGGACAGAAGCUGGGAGAACUGGAUGAAAAGACUGCGAGCAUGAUGGCCAGCGCCGAGGCGUUUUCCAAACAUGCCCAUGAGGUGAUGCUGAAAUAUAAGGACAAAAAAUGGUACCAGUUUUAGACUUUUAAGGAAGGUACUUGCGGCUUUACUAAGACCAUUGUUACGGGAACUGACACUCAUUCCCAAAUCAACAGUCGUCACUGGUCAGAAACAACUAUUUUUCUCCUAGAAGACGUUUUUCUGGAUUCAAUGGAUUGAUCACAAUUGGAAGCCAGGAGAAAUUUUACAGACUGCAAGAUAGACGCCAGAAUGAUGAAAUCAUGAGG